UUUCAUAUAAACGUUUUAUAGCUUUCUUAGAUUUAAAACAUGGGAAUAGUUCUUGCCAAACUAUGGCGUAAACUUACCAGUAAAGAAGAGGUGAAAAUCGUGCUCGUCGGUUUAGAUAACGCGGGAAAAACGACAGUUUUGUAUAAAUUAUUAUUAGAUGAAGUGGUUGUAACAACACCAACUAUAGGUAGUAAUGUCGAGGAGAUCAUUUAUAAAAAUAUACAUUUCUUAAUGUGGGAUCUUGGAGGGCAAGAUUCUUUACGUGCAACAUGGAAAACUUAUUAUAUAAAAACAAAAGCUGUGAUUAUGGUCAUUGAUAGUACUGAUAAAGAUCGAAUACAUAUAUCGAGGACUGAAUUGCAUACAAUGAUGGAGGAUGAGAACCUCAAAAGUGCUGUACUAUUAGUUUUUGCAAAUAAACAAGAUAUGAAAGGAGCAUUAACUGCUGCACAGAUAUCUGAGGCCUUGAAUCUGACAAGUUUAAGAGAUCGCCAAUGGCAUAUACAGGCAUGUUGUGCACUAACUGGAGACGGUUUGUUUGAAGGACUAGAUUGGAUUGUAAGUCAAAUUGGUAAUACUUAGUUAGAUUACCUGUAGGAUUCUCCUUAAAUUAAUAACAAAGUGAAAUUAGAGAAUCAAUAAUUGAUUAUUUUUAGAAUUUACUUUUGAAAAAUAUUUUAAAUAAAUAAUUUAUAUGUAUUAUAUAUUUAUUUAUUUUA